UUGUCAACGGAAUAAAACAGAAGAAGAAGACAGAGAGAGUCAUCAAUCACAUGGAAGGUUGUGGAUAAAACAAAACAUAAACUCCCUCCAUACACGACGACCCACAACCCCACACUCACUCUUCUCCUCCCCAAUCUUCAUCCCCACAGUUCUAUCACUUACUGUCUUCUGUAUCGAAAGUAUCGUUUUCUUCAAUUAAAAACAAAAUCAUAUAAUUUCAUGGAAGCUAGAAGACUCGCGAUCCUAUGCUCCCAUCUCAACCCAGCCGGUCCUUACCCGGCCCGAGACUCGAUUCUCAGGGUAUCCGAUUGUAGCUCCGGCGAAGACAAGGUCGAAUCAUCCAAUCUCCAAAACGACUGCGUUUUCUGCAAGAUUGUCCGUGGCGAGUCUCCAUGUCUCAAGUUGUACGAGGAUGAUAUGUGUUUGUGCAUUUUGGACACGAGUCCACUUAUCCAUGGGCACUCUCUUAUCAUUCCCAAGUUACAUUAUCCUACCUUAGAGGAAACACCUCCCUCAGUAGUUGCUGCCAUGUGUUCCAAAGUUCCUCUUAUCAGUAAUGCCAUCGUUAAAGCUACCGACAGUGAUUCAUUUAACUUGUUGGUUAACAACGGAGCAGCAGCUGGGCAAGUCAUAUUUCACACACACAUUCACAUCAUCCCGCGUAAGGAACGUGACUGUUUAUGGACUUCUGAGAGCUUGCAUAGACACACGCUGAAACUGGACAAGGAAGCAUCUCAGCUGGCGUCUCGUGUUCGAGAACAAUUGUGCAGACCUCCUGAAGAACAAUUGGUUCAGCCCUCCUCAUAAGUCCCCUUUUCAAGAGACGUUGUUGUGAACUUUACAAUUACACUGCCACAACACAAAAAGUCUAUUCUGUAUAGUUCAUAUUCAGCUUCAUCUUUAUUUUAUAUAUAUAUACAUUCUUCAGUCUGUUUGGUUAAGUUUAUCAGGAUUCAAUUAUAGAGGUCGUAGAAAACAACAAUCAUAAAGAGUGUGUACAAAAACCUUAUCCAAUACAAUUUUCAAACUGUA